GGCGAUUAGAAAUGUUAGCGCAGUAGGGAACGGGAAUUCUCCGUUGAGGAAUGUUGAAAGAAUGUGUCAUUUUACACAACUAUAUAAGCUCGUCUUCUUGUUCUUUAUUCACUAUCAUUCACAACUACAACUUUCUUAACACUUUUCAAUAGACCAACAAUGAAGUUCUCAAUCGCAGUUAUCGCUCUCGUCGCUACACUCCUCUCAACUGGUGCAGCUGCCCCACUCAACACUCACGAAGAGCGUGGUCUUUUGCAAUCACUUGCCGAACCAUUCACUAAGGGUAUGCAAGGUCAACAAGGACAAGGACAAGGAAAAGGGGGCGCCCAAGGUGGGCAAGGAAAGCGUGGUGAAGGUGAACAAGGUGGUCAAGCACCAUUCCACGGCCAUGGUGGUCCUAUUGGUUCCCCAGCUGGUCCUCACGGUGGUGAAGAUGGCCAUGGACACAGAAUUACUGCUGAAGACGUCAAGGGUGGCCACGGACACGGUCACGGUGAACAAGGCAAAGGUGGCUUUGAAAAGCGCCAAGAAGGUGGCCAUGGUGGAGAAGCACCAUUCCACGGCCAUGGCGGUCCUAUUGGUUCCCCAGCUGGUCCUCACGGUGGUGAAGAUGGCCAUGGACACAGAAUUACUGCUGAAGACGUCAAGGGUGGCCACGGUCACGGUCACGGUGAACAAGGCAAUGGUGGCUUCGAGAGACGCCAAGGUGGAGAAGAAGAACACAAGCAUGAAGCCAUUGCUGGUAAGAAGCACGAGCAAGAAGGUGGUCACGGUCACGGUCAUGGCAAGGACCACUGCCACAUGAGCCCAGAAGAGCAACAAAGAAUUAUCCAGUCUGGUCAAUACUUGGAAUGUGCAUGGGGUGAAGAGAACUAUGACCACGGUGCUCAAGGCGGUCAACAAGGGGGUCAACAAGGCGGAUCCCAAGGUGGUCAAGGUCAAUUCCAAGGUGGUCAAGGUCAAUUCCAAGGUGGCCAAGGUCAAUUCAAGCGCCAAACUGAAUGGGAGCAAGAGCAACAACAACAUCAACAAGAACAGCUUCAGGAAUCUAUUGACCAGCAACGCGAUGCAAUGCACAAGCAAGGUGCUAUAAACCACAAAACCCAAGACCAACAAGAGCAACAAGGACAACAACAAAAGCGUGGUGGUGAACAAGGCGGUGAACAAGGCGGUAACCCAGAGGCUGAGCACCAACUACAAGAAAACAUUCACAAGCAGAAAGCUGUAGAGCAUCACCAACACGAUAUGGAAGAUGAGAAGCACCAGAAGGACAUUGAAUGGCAACAUCACGCUGAAGAGCAAGUUCAACAAGGAGCUCAACAAGGAGGCCAACAAGGGGGCCAACAAGGUCAAUACCAAGGUGGCGAAGCUCAACAAGGUCAAUAUCAGGGCGAUCAAGGUGGUCAAGAUCAAGGCCAAUACCAAGGUGGUCAACAAGGCGGUCAAUAUUAGACACCAUUUUGCACCUCUUCU